CUGCGCUUUUUCUUCCACUUGAACAACCAAGUAGUUUUUCAGGGCGCAUUCCCCGGCAGCGAUGUGGAGGGAGAGGAAGACCACGUUCAGCUGAAACAUUUCACACUUACAUAUCGCAUCGGCUUUUGUUCCUCAGUUCGUUUCUUCUUUUAUCCAGUUCACGAGCUCGUUGCAGGAAAAAACAACUUGUGGGAAGAAAACACGCGCGAGAGAAGUGAAGACGACUGAGCUGCAGCCCGUGGCCGUUUUUCCCCCCGUCCUCUCUCUGUUUUCUACUCGAGCCAUUGUUUGGAUAUGAGGAGAUGACAUCGGACGUGUUUCUUCUUCCUUUAGCAGUCGCUUGGACUUGAGUUGUAUUUCUUGAGGUCACUUGGAUCUGGAAGGGGAGAGAGAAAGUACCCCCCCCCCCCCCCCCUCCAUUCCUGAGCAGCAGCAGCAGCAGCAGCAGCAGCAACAAACACGGGGGCCACAAGUUGUCCACAAGCUGCGGAGGAGGAGGCGAAACUUUGCCAAGUUUGCGCUGCGCAUCCGGCCACCGACGCCAUAAUUAUCCAUCGAUAUUUUUCCCAUCCGCGCGCGUGUCGCAACUUUAAACUGUGGAUUAUUGUUGUCGCGAGGCUCGCCAUGGACCACGGCGCCGCGUUCAGGGGAUGAGAAGGGAGUUUCGAAACAUGAACAGCGCCUUGUAGUUUUGGUGCGACUCGCUCCGGUGGCGCGUUUGGACUACGCUCGUCCGAGACGCUAUAUACAUAUAAUAGAAGUGAAUAGGUGCCGAGCCUUGCUGUUUCCCCCUGUGUGAUCCUUCAUCCACUGCUGUGCCAACAUGCCACAGCUGAACGGAGGCGGCGGGGACGACCUGGGGGCCAACGACGAGAUGAUCUCGUUUAAAGACGAAGGGGAGCAGGAGGAGAAGAUCUCCGAGAAUGUGUCCGCGGAGAGGGACCUGGAUGAUGUGAAGUCCUCCCUAGUGAACGAGUCGGAAAACAACAGCAGCUCGUCAGACUCGGAGCAAGCAGAGAGGCGCCCCCAAACCAGAGUGGACUCAGACAGUUAUGAGAAAACAAGAGACUACUUCAGUGAAGCACUGAGGAGGCAGCAAGAUGGAGGCUUUUUUAAGAGUCCUCACUAUCCUGGCUACCCGUUCCUCAUGAUCCCAGACCUCUCCAACCCCUACCUAUCCAACGGCGCGCUGUCCCCCAGUGCCAGAACAUACCUGCAGAUGAAGUGGCCUCUUUUGGAUGUUCCCGGAUCUGUAGGACUAAAAGACUCCCGCUCCCCAACACCAGGACAUUUAUCCAACAAAGUCCCAGUGGUGCAGCACGCCCACCACGUCCACCCACUGACGCCGCUCAUCACCUACAGCAAUGAACACUUCUCCCCCGGCACGCCGCCGUCGCACCUCUCCCCAGAGAUCCUCGACCCAAAGACAGGUAUCCCCCGGACACCUCACCCAUCAGAGCUCUCUCCAUACUACCCCCUGUCUCCUGGUGCAGUCGGUUCCAUCGCUCACCCUCUUGGUUGGCUCAUGUCACAGCAGGGCCAGUCCAUGUACUCCAUCCCUCCGGGGGGAUUCCGUCACCCCUACCCAGCGCUAGCGAUGAAUGCCUCCAUGUCCAGCUUGGUGUCCAGCCGUUUCUCCCCUCACAUGGUGACUCCGCCCCCGCACGGCCUCCACCAGACGGGCAUCCCGCACCCUGCCAUCGUGUCCCCGGCCAUCAAGCAAGAGCCAGGCGGUGACCACCACGGCUCCUCGAUGCAUGGCAGGAAAUCCCCUGCUCCUCCCAAGAAAGAAGAGGACAAGAAGCCUCAUAUCAAGAAGCCCCUGAAUGCUUUCAUGCUGUAUAUGAAGGAGAUGAGAGCCAAAGUGGUGGCGGAGUGCACUCUGAAAGAGAGCGCUGCCAUCAACCAGAUCCUUGGAAGACGGUGGCAUUCCCUGUCGAGAGAGGAACAAGCCAAAUAUUACGAGCUGGCCAGAAAGGAGAGGCAACUCCACUCCCAGCUCUAUCCAGGAUGGUCAGCACGGGAUAACUAUGGAAAGAGGAAAAAGAGGAAGAGAGACAAUAAACCAGACUCAAAACCAGAAGACUUCUCCAUAAGAAGCAAGAAGCAGUGUGUGCAGUACCUGCCCUCGGAGAAGAUGUGUGACAGCCCGGCGUCGUCCCACGGCAGCAUGUUGGACUCACCAGCCACUCCCUCUGCGUCCUUGGCCUCCCCCGCCGCGCCUGCCGCCACUCACUCCGCAGAGCAGGCGCAGCCACUCUCGCUCACCACCAAACCAGAAGGACGCAUGCACCACCACCACUUCUCCCUAGCCGGCAGGGCCUCUGGAUCCACAUCUUCUUCUUCCUCCUCUUCUUCUUCCUGCUCAUCCCAACCCUCCAUUUCCAUCCAAAUGGGUGGUUCAGGUAGCCAUUCGACUACACCCAUCCUUUCUCGGCCAAUCCCCUUCACCUCCCUGCACCACUCCAUGCUGUCCCCACCUUCCCCUUUCCAUCAGGCAGCCCUUCACUCCCAUCAUGCCCUGUUCCAGUCACAGCCCCUCUCCUUGGUAACCAAACCAACUGAAUAAAUCCGCAAAGGCCAUUUCUCUCCCAUGUAUUGUGCUGUAUAUUGCUUUACUUUAAAAUAGAUAUUAGUACAACUUUUUUUCUAAAUGAUGAAAAGGAAGAAAUGUUAUUAGUCAAUAUUUGACUGCCUCCUUUUCUACAUCUCUCAAUGAAACAAAGUGUAUUUUUUGUAAAGUUUACUGCAGAACUGGUUUCUUUUUUUUUUGAUGCAUUUAUCCAAUGAACCUCUUGUAUAAAAGAACCAAUGUACAUAAAGUUUCUUUAUAAAAACAGAAAGGAACAAAAACAUGUUUUCUUUUUAGCCAAAACCUGAUUAAUGUUAGUAUUAAGUUUAAGUCAUAGUACUGGCCAAUAAUUGCAGCCCCCCCCCCCCUUUUCAAUUCAAGAGCGUGUGCCCCUUC